CAUUCGUGCGGCUCAGGUUGUCCCUAGUGGAUUUCGGUCCGAUCCUUCACGAACGUUUUUAUACAAUUGAGAUUUAUUAUUUAUUCGAGCUGUUCUCGAGUGCGCCGGAAGGAUGAAUCAAUUCGUGUUCAGUGUGUGUUGUGUUUUGCUGUGCGGAAAGGUGCUUUCUGCCCCAGCGCCACAGAGUCUGGAAGCAGCGCCACGAUCGGCAGCUCAGGAUGUGCAAACAGUGCGAUAUUACAGUGAGAAUAAUGGAUUCGACGGAUAUAAAUUUACCUACGAGUUGAGCGACGGUCAGAUCCGAUCGGAGGUCGGCACGUACCGUGACUCCAAGGAUGCCGAGGGCAAGGACGUAAAGGUACUGUUCGUGCAAGGGUCGUACUCGUUCGUUGCUCCCGAUGGUAAAACCUACUGGGUGAACUACACUGCUGACGAGAACGGCUAUCACCCGAAGGUUGGUACCGGCCCAACUGGAGGAAUUCAACCAGGCCAGGAUGCCCCGAUCGAGAGCGCUUAGAGUGUCUUCCUAUCUGUGCUGAGAGUAGAUAGUUUUUAUGAGAUUCCAAACUAGUAAAUACUUCAAGUCAGUGACGAACAAUACUGUUAGUAGUUAAGUGCAGUGUACAUAUAGUAUGUCUAUCAGAACAUGUGAAUUAAAAAGUGAUGUGAAAAUCAA